AUGGCCACCACUCCUGCUCGGCAGGAUCCGAAUGUCCAGCAUCGCUUUGAUGGCGACGUCAAAGUAUUGAACUCUUCUGGAGAAGCGCGCGCAGCCAUACGGAAAGCACUGAGCGCCCUCCAUCAAAAUGUCCACGUCCCAGGAAACGUGCCGGUACAGAUUUCGGCGGACAUCAAAAUCGGAGUUGCUGGUGCCGAUGCGAAGCAACACACGUAUACCGUGACGGUGACCUCCAACGACUUCGACGCUGGAUCUUUUGCACAGCAAGUUCCUUCUGCGAGUGCUGGAGCCAAUGCCUCGACCCCCAGUGUACGCAAUGUGACGCCAGGGGCCGCAACACCUGCAAACGGACAACCAGGCCACGCGCAUCCUACACCACAGCCUGGGUCUCGCAAGGUGGAUGAAGAUGACGAUGUGGUUGAGAUACGUCCCUUCAAGCGGCCGAAACUCAAAGACAGCACUUCUUCUCCAGCCCUAGGCCAAAAAGGAGCGCAAGCUCAGAAAGGAUCGACAACAGAGCAAACCUUUGCUUCUAGGGAGGAUGAAAUGUACCACCUGACCAAGGGCUGGAACACCGAAUGGAAGCAACAAGGGGGCUGGCUGUUUGACAACAUCACCAAACUCAACGCCGCCAACACUAACAACACAUAUCGCCUGGAGUCAAAAAUGGCUUCGGUACAGGACGUACUCGGCAAUAGCAUCAACUCGGCAAAUCUAUCUGUUUUGAACGAGCUCGCGAACGUCUCCACUAAACUCAUACCAUGGCUGGAGACAUGCAGGAAAACCAGCGCCGACAGCAUGAAUGCCCGUUCGGAGAAAUGGCGGACGAGCAGCGCGAAUUUCCAUGACCAGACAAGGCGAGAACGCGAAGCAGCAGAGCAGAGAAUCGAGCGGAAGCUGGAGGAGCAGCGAGAACUGCUGCUGAGAUUGGCCAAAGCGAGUGGUGUGGACGCUCAGAAAGUGCAGGAGGCGGGUGCAAUUGCUAGCCGCGAGGAGAGUCUCGGCGCGCAGCUUACUGCUGAGCUGAAUAUGGAGGCUGAGAAGUCAUGA